CGUAUGUUUGCGUUGUUGUUGCAUGCAAUUGCAAGCGCUGCCUUUGUUGGUUGGCAUUCGAAAAUUUCUCUUGGUGUUUCGUGUUUGCGAGAUCGACAAUGCCAUGAGCGUUGGCCAGAUGUAGUGCGUUGUCGCGGAGGCAACGAUAAUGGCGACUGGCUUGGUAGCGUAUGAUUCUGGCUCGUCUGACGAGGACAGUGAGCAGGCUGCGGGUUCCACAACGAAGGGACAAAUUGUUCGUGCAGUUCGACUACAAUCUGCUCCCGCAGUGGAGAAGCCAACAGAGCCUGAAGCAAGUGAUGCAGCAGCACAGGAUGAUUCGGAAGCCGAGGACAGUGAUAAUGGAGACAACUCAGUGGCAAUGGCAGUGCCAUCUCCCGUCGCUAGUGAUGAUUCAGACAAAGAGGACUGGCCGUUCAAAGUGAAGCCGAGACAGGCUGCCCGACUAAUGCCAUCACCCCCGCGAGGGAACUGUUCAAACUCACUACAGCGCAAGAUCGAAGCUAUGCUUGAAACCAAGCACAGAACAGGUCGCAGCCUGACGCAGAGUGUGCAAAGUCGCAAAGACUUCCGAAAUCCGUCUAUCUACGAAAAAUUAGUAUCGUUUCUCGAUCUGGAUGAGCUGGGCUCAAACUUUACGUCGUUCAAUCCUGCUGGCUGGGGACCUGAAUCGUACUACGAGAAACUGGCAGCGGUGCAAAAGGAUCAGUUUGACAAGAAGAAGAAAGCAGAGGAAACGGCAGCAGCGCAUAAAACACACGUAGAAUUCGUGACGGGAACAAAACGGCCGCCAACCAGUUCAAAUGCCGAGUCGGAGCAAAAGAAAAGGAGAUCAAAGUGGGAUUCUGGUCCCAAUAAGCAGUAAACUCUCCAGCUGAUCCUAUUUAUUUCUGCGUACAGGCACUCGCGCUGUGUGCUCGCUUUUACAACCUCAUCUCUUGCGUGAGAACUCAAUAUAUGCAUGUGUGUGUGUGUUUUUAAGAAAAUCCAAUAAACUGCAUUUCACUCUGACAAUGGUGCCUGACGUAAAGAUGUAGCUGACUGGCUGUGCAUGUCCAUACUAUAAUAGCUGUUGAUGAGCACAUGUGCAUGUCUGUACACAGAGCAGAUUAGAAGUGAAUGAGUGCUUGUGUGUAGGCUUGUACAUGCAUUGACUUGAUUGUGCUGCUGUGCAGUGCAGUAUGUAAUCAUUAAAAAUGUACAGUACUGGUUGUUUGUAGAGAUGUAUGUGUUCAGACAUAGUCUUCUAAUUUACUUGUGCUGUAAAGCUGUGUUUACUUGAGAGUUUUCAAUCCACCAUGAA